GCGAAUUCAGUGCGAUAUAAAAGUGGGGCACCAGCAGCACUGUGCAGUUAUCUGACAAACUUUGAUGACUUCUUAGACGAACAGCAGCUACACGCGUUUCACCUGGGGGUGGGAAAAAAAAUCUAUGUUCACAAUUCGCAUUCGAUAGUAAAGAGGCUACCGUAACAAUUUGGAUUAUCAUAAUGGAGGAUGUAAGGACUUUCCUUCACUUCGGAGUUUUACUCUCAUCGGUACUAUUCACAAUUGGAGCAGCUGGUGAAGAUUAUUUCCCUGAGGCAAUGGAUGUUCAGUGGGUGUCCAAUAACUUCAAGACUAUUCUAACAUGGGGCCCUGAGCCUACCAACUACACAUACACUGUUGAAUUUUCUAGGGUUGGUAAGGACAGACAAAGGAACCCUCACUGCAUCCGGAGCUCGAGGACAGAGUGUGACCUCACCAACGAGCUGCGGAACCUGCAGGAGACCUACUCUGCCGACAUCCUAUCAGAACCCCUACCCGGUGUUACCUCUGACCUUGUGGAGUUCCCCUACACCCGAGCCGAGAGGUUCAGCCCUUACAAACACACUAAAAUAGGAGGACCCGCUUUCAAGAUUGUGCAGAGCGAAGACAAGACCAAGAUGAUGCUCCACAUCCAGGACCCUCUCACUCCCCUCUACAAAGAUGACCAGCUGUUAACGAUCAGAGACAUCUUCAAGAGUGACCUGAAAUACAGAGUCAUAUACAACAAAGCUGGGAGCACAGGAAAGAAAGAGAAGAUGUCAGACCUGAGAGAUGUCGAGCUGACCAAUCUGGAUAAAGGACAGAGCUACUGCGUCAUAGUGGCAGCCUAUAUCCCCUCUCGUUCUGCACAGAAGAGACUGGGAGAUUGGAGCAAGGCGCAGUGCUCACCCAGAGAGAACAAGACCAUCUUUGAGGAAUUCAGCUUUGGUGUGAUCUCAGGUGCCAUUGGCAUCAUGCUGGCUAUAUUCAUCAUCCUCAUCACUCUCACUGUGGUGUGUUGUAAACGCUGCUGCAAAAAGACCAAAACUGUGGACAAGGAUAACCUGCAGAUGAGUCCAGUGUAAAGGACCUGAGCCCUAGGACCAUGCCCCAGGACUACCUGACAUGAUGACUCCUUGCUGUCCCCAGUCCACCUGGCCAUGCUGCUGCUCCAGUUUCAACUGGCCUGGGCCCUAGGACCAUGUCCCAGGACUACCUGACAUGAUGACUCCUUGCUGUCCCCAGUCCACCUGGCCAUGCUGCUGCUCCAGUUUCAACUGUUCUGCCUUACUAUUAUUCAACCAUGCUGGUCAUUUAUGAAUAUUUGAACAUCUUGGCCACGUUCUGUUAUAAUCUCCACCCGGCACAGCCAGAAGAGGACUGGCCACCCCACAUAUGCUCUCUCUAAUUCUCUCUUUCUUUCUCUCUCUCGGAGGACCUGAGCCCUAGGACCGUGCCCCAGGACUACCUGACAUGAUGACUCCUUGCUGUCCCCAGUCCACCUGACUGUGCUGCUGCUCCAGUUUCAACUGUUCUGCCUUAUUAUUAUUCGACCAUGCUGGUCAUUUAUGAACAUUUGAACAUCUUGGUCAUGUUCUGUUAUAAUCUCUACCCGGCACAGCCAGAAGAGGACUGGCCACCCCACAUAGCCUGGUUCCUCUCUAGGUUUCUUCCUAGGUUUUGGCCUUUCUAGGGAGUUUUUCCUAGCCACCGUGCUUUUACACCUGCAUUGUUUGCUGUUUGGGGUUUUAGGCUGGGUUUCUGUACAGCACUUUGAGAUAUCAGCUGAUGUACGAAGGGCUAUAUAAAUAAAUUUGAUUUGAUUUGAUUUGUCAGCUUAUGACCCAGUAAGCCAUGUGGAAAACCUCGGCAAAGGGGUGACACCACAAUCACAUUGGCAACAGUGCCAGAGACCUCCGAGACAUGCCCUGUGUAGCUUAAUCUAAAAAGUGACCUCCUCUCCUUCAUCCAAAUGGACUUAAAUGCCCCCCUAACUUAGUCCUUGCCAGAAGCCUUCAGGGGGAUUAGCUUUCAAUUUCCCAACUGUUUCAAGAUCAGUGUGGAUAAAUGAAAGGAUAUAAGAAGAGGAAGCCAUUUUAGACUAUUGGGAUGCACAAACUAUGCUCUGAUAUAACAGAACGACAACGAACAGUCUGUAGAACAGAAGACAGAGGACCUUGAAAUUUUUUCGAGAAAUAUAUAUUCAUGUGUAGUUCAGCUCAAAUCGAUUGCAUUUGAACCAUCCUAUGAAAACAAAAUUCCCACGUCCUCAAUCCCCUUUUAACAAAAUAAUCAAAGCUCAACUUUCAGUUCAGUUACUGUACCUUAACCUAAGCUUAGGGAUUUUACUAUAGGAGACAAAAACAAUACAUUUUCAGGUAUCGUAGUUGACGCGAGUCAGACUAUCUAUGCUUAAAAUACAGUUACAGUAACUGGCUUCAUGAAAGAAGAAUGCACUUCAGUGUUAACUGCACUAGACAAACAUUUAAAACAUCACUUCAUGGAACUCUGACAUUUCAAUUCAUCAACAUCAAAACUGAACAUUAUAAAUAAUUAAAAACAAUGCAACAUUAACAUAAAUAAAACAGGGGAGAAACAAUCAGUAAGGAUAGCUUUUUAGUACAUUUUUUGCUUCAUAUACAAUUAAAACUCACCCAUACAGACACACGUCCGUAAAUGGUUGACUGCAAUAUGACAUCUUCAUACACAGCGGGGCAACUUCCUGUUUCCAGGCAUAAACAACAGAA